CUGGGCAGAUGGGGGCGGCGGCUCCUGCCUCCCGGCUUUCGGAAGAGCAGAGCGGAGCGCGCCUGACCAAGUCAGGCUUCCGAGUGGGAUUGGAACCCGGGGCGCCCUGAAGUUUGGGGAAAGCAGGAGCAGAAGGGAAGGGAUGCGCUCCCCGCUCACCGGCGGCGCGGAAUGGGCCUCCUUCCAGCCUCUGCGUAGGCAAGUUUUCCCCGAUUGCGCGCUGCACGGGGGACUCCCCAGGCCCGUGAGACUGCCAAGAGGAGGGCGCUCAGUGACCCUCUGGGGGGGCAGAGCCGUCAGGCCAAGUUCAUGGGCAGGAAGACUUUGUCCACGUGGUGGUCUCUGAAGGUUGAGCGUGCGCUCUGCACCCCCACUUCGAGGCACUCAGGAGGCGGAACAGACGCAAGUCCCGCCGGGGGUGCGGGUGAGGGCUGCAGGGAGCCCGCGAACGACAGAAAGUCGCCCCCCACAUUCCACCCGAGCACUCGGGAACACGGCUUCCAGGUGUCUCAGCGGCCGCGCCUCCCCGCCCCCGGCCCUCCCCCGUCGCGGGCAGGUUCAACCGGGAGGCGGCGUGGCCCCGGAGCCGGCCCCAGGCCCGCAUCCUCCUCCCACUUCGCCCUGGGCAGCCGCAGCUAAAAGCCGAAGGCUCCAAAGUGGAACUGCGUUGUCUUGUCGAGCCUGAGGCGAUUCGCCUCGGGGAGGGCGAGCCUGAACUGCAGCCCUGCGCUCCUUCCACGGCCCGAGGAGUGAGUUAAGUCUCCAGAGGGGCCCAGUUCGGCCCGAGCAAGUCCAGGGGCGAACGGCGUCAUGGAGCCGAUGGGGGCGCGGCUAAGUUUGGAGGCGCAGGGACCAGCGCCCUUCCGAGAGACCCCGCCGGCCGAGGAGCUGCCCGCCCCGGUGGUCCUCUGUGUGCAGGGCGGCGGCGACGGCGGUGGCACUUCGGAGACCCCGAGUCCUGACGCUCAGCUAGGGGAUAGGCCCUUGUCCCCGAAGGAAGAGGCCGCCCCCCAGGAGCAGGGGGAGCUGCUGGAAUGCCGCCGCCGCUGCCGCGCGCGCUCCUUUUCCUUGCCCGCCGACCCCAUCCUGCAGGCGGCCAAGUUCCUGCAGCAGCAGCAGCAACAGGCGGUGGCCCUGGGCGGCGAGGGGGCGGAGGACGCGCCGCUCGGCCCGGGCGGCUGCUGCGCCAAGUGCAAGAAGCGGGUGCAGUUCGCGGACACGCUGGGGCUGAGCCUGGCCAGUGUGAAGCACUUCAGCGAGGCGGAGGAGCCGCAGGUGCCGCCCGCCGUGCUCUCGCGCCUCCGAAGCUUCCCUAUGCGUGCCGAGGACCUGGAGCAGCUCGGGGGGCUGCUGGCCGCGGCGGCAGUGGCCGCGCCCCUCUCAGCGCCGCCUUCCCGGCUCCGGCCGCUCUUCCAGCUCCCGGGGCCGAACGCCGCGGCCGAGCGCCUGCAGCGGCAGCGCGUGUGCCUGGAGCGCGUGCAGUGCUCGACGGCCUGGGGCGCGGAGGUGAAGGGCUCCGGCCGGGUGCUCAGCUGCCCUGGGCCCAGGGCCGUGACCGUGCGCUACACCUUUACCGAGUGGCGCUCCUACCUGGACGUGCCGGCUGAGCUGCAGCCCGAGCCGCUGGAGCCAAGGCAGCCAGAGGCACAGUCCGGGGCCUCCGAGCCAGAGUCCGGGGAUGCCAAGAAAGAGCCAGGCGCCGAGUGCUUCCACUUCUCGCUGUGCCUGCCCCCGGGCCUGCAGCCUGAGGACGAAGAGGAAGCCGAGGCGCGCGGCGUCGCGGUCCACUUCGCUGUCUGCUACCGCUGCGCGCAGGGCGAGUACUGGGACAACAACGCGGGCGCCAACUACACGCUGCGCUACGCGCGCCCUGCGGACGCGCUCUGAGCCUGGAGAGUUUCGAAGAGCGGUGGGGCGGGGCUGAUUAGCACGUGGAGCUCGGGCUGCCGCCUCAAGGGACUUGCCGGGACGCUUUGCUGAGCACGGCGAAUCUGGCGUGAGGGGCGCGUGGAGGAAAAGGAGGGAGCCGUUGAACCGUCCACUCGCACCCCAGCAGACAAAUGAGUGAGCUUAGAGAGCCCGGACAAUGCUCCGAAAGCCUCUGACCUCAGUCUUCUCGUCCGUUUGACCUUCCUACAAGGCCUCUAGAAUUCCCAGCCUGCGUCAGAAUAGGAAGCAACUUCCAAGGCCCGGAGCAGCUGCCUCCAAGAAAAAGGCUCCCAACUCCAUGGGCCCAUAUGGUUCUAAGGCCUUGGGAUUGGUUUUUAACUGUAAAUAUAUUUUAGCCCUUACGGCUUGCUGGAGACCCCUAGGGAAAGAACAAAGCGUCCUGCCACCGUGCACCAGAGGAAGGUGCCACGGACUGUAGGUGCACGCGUGGGACCUUUACACCCCAACCUAUUUCUCAGAGAAAACCCGGUCGGGGCUGGGCCAGGCCAUCCUUUUCUUUUGACUGAGAUGUGGGAAAUGUUUGCCCAGACUUGACGUUGUUUAUUGUGCGACAUCGUGUACAAAUGUCCUUUAUAAAAGUAAAGGCCACUGCACCCCCUUUUACGCUGUACUCUGAAUUUUGGCUUUCGUGCGUUUGGGGAGACAUUGGCAGUCGGCCGAUCUUUGUCAGCUGAUGAUGUGCGCACUUUAACAAUCGUUAAACAACAGCCUACAAAUUCCUCCCCUUCAUUCCUUCCUCUCUACUGCGAAAGGGCCCAAACUUCCCAUGUGCUUUAAAAUGUUCUGUAGAAAGUGUUCUGUCCCCCUCCGAAUUAAGACGUUUGGUGAAUUGAAAUGCCAGUCCUCGGGCAGGCCUUGGCUGUGAUCUGCCAGAGCCGGGCACGCACGCCCCAGGGCCCUUUGUGUAGACAGAGCGCACUGUUAUGAGACCUGCCGGGCCAUUGGCAGAGAAUCUGGGCCCUUGUAGUCGCUGGACUGCGAGCGCAGGGGAUGGGGGAUGGGAAGGUGGCUUUCUGUUCCCGUCAGAGCCACAGUGGGGAGUGGUGACUUGAUGGAAGAGGAAGCAUGCCCAGCGAGUCAGUGCUGCGCAGACGCAGAUGGCCACCUCUGCAGGCCCGUGGGGUGGGGUAUGGACGGCCUUGGUCGCUGUGCUGGCUGUGGAUGCCAAGAUGAUGUGGCCCUCUGUGCAUGGGUGGGCAGGAGGGCAUCCCGAGUAAGGUCUGUCACCCCUUGACUCUGCCUUAGUGAUUUCCUUUUUUUUAGUCUUCCCAUUUUCCAGCACAUGGCGAGUACAAUCAGUGGUUUUAGGAAUGGUAGUCUCUAAGGAGGGACAGUUUCACUGUUGCUUGAUAGAACAGGGCUGGACAUACAUACAUUUAGCCCAUGGGCCAAAUUUGGCACAUAGCUUAUUCUUGUAGCCUGUGACCUAAGAAUAGUUUUUACAUUUUUAUUUUUAAUUUAAUUUUAUUAUUAUUAUUAUUUUCGAGAUGGAGUUUCACUCUUGUCGUCCAGGCUGGAGUGCAAUGGUGCGAUCUUGGCUCAUUGCAACCUCCGCCUCCCAGGUUCAAGCGGUUCUCCUGCCUCAGCCUCCGGAGUAGCUGGGAUUACAGGCAUCUGCCACCACACCUGGCUAAUUUUUGUAUUUUUAGUAGAGACAGGGUUUCACCAUGUUGGCCAGGCUAGUCUUGAACUCCUGACCUCAGGUGAUCCACCCGCCUUGGCCUCCCAAAGUGCUAGGAUAAUAGGCGUGAGCCACCUCACCUGGCCUUACAUUUUUAAAUUGUUGAAAAAAAUUCAAAAGAAAGUACUAUUUGGUGGCACAUGAGAAUUAUAUAAAAUACAUAUUUCAGUGUUCACAAAUCAGGUUUUACUGGAACACAGCUAUGCACACUCAUUUCUGUCUUCUCUGUGCUGCUUCCAUGCUACCGCAGCAGAGUGGAGUAGACACAGCAGAGACCAGAUGGCAAAGUGUAAAAUAUUUACUGUCUAGCCCUUUUACAGAAGGCUUGCCAACCCCUGCUCUAGAGAAGUAGUGUUUUUUAAACAUUAUAUGCUGAGAAUUAUAGUUAAUAAAGCAUUUAGACUUUAGUGAGCUUUUGCCACUUGAAAUAACCCCCUUUGGGUCAAGGUAAAACUUUAUAUGACUCUCAGUAAUCUUGUUUAGAAUAAACACGAAAAUGUGAAAAGUGCAGUUAUUAUUGUGUCAGAUAGGGGAAUCUACCUGUUGCCUUCUUUCACCUAAAAAAAUAAUAACACAUCAGUACAAAUAAAAAAUACAGCACCCGUUUGAAUUAGCUUCAAACUACAAAACUGUCAGAUAUUUCUGUGCUUCAGAAUGUGGCAUCUUUACACAAUAGAAGUAUCAGUUUGAACUUUGGGUUGGAGAUAUCCCUUUGACUAUGGCAGUGUUUCCCAAAGUAAACUGAUCAUAGGAAAAAAAUAAUUUAUUGACAGCAAGCCAUCAGGAGUUAACAUAUUACAAUUUAGACUUUUAAAAAUUGUCAAUGGUCACAUCGAUGAAGUAAUGAAUACUUAAUUCAUAUAUGCUUAUAAAAACUUUAUGACUAAAAAUAAAUGAUAAAAUGAAACAAUUUUUCUGUUACUAAAUAUAAAAGCAAUCAAGCCUUCUGAUGCAUCAUCAGGUAAUCUUGGUCUGGUAUACCAUUUCUUAAAAGUACAUUAUUGCAUAACCGUAUUUUUCCUAUAUAUUUAUAAAUACAUUAAUUUUUAAGAUAUUGACAGUAUACAUAUGCUAUAACAUUGUUUGAAAAUGCUUGUUUAUGGGGCAAUAAAGCAACAUUUUGGAUUGUUUCGAAUUACUUAAAAUUAAAUGAGGAGCCCAAUAUAAUGGGCUCAGAGAUCAUCUUGUCUAGUAUCCUUUAAAAUGGUAACCCAUUAAAUCUAGACUCAAACAACAGAAA